AUGGGCAUCUUGUUUAGUAAUUUAUGGAAUAAACUGUUCUCCAAGACUCAAGUUAAGCUCAUCAUUGUGGGCUUGGAUAAUGCAGGCAAAACGACGAUUCUGUACAAACUGCUCAUGAACCAGAUAGUUACCACCACACCGACUAUUGGAAGUAACGUGGAAGAGGUUGAAUACAAGAAUCUAAAGUUUGUUAUGUGGGAUAUAGGCGGUCAAGAAUCCCUUCGAAGCACAUGGAAGACCUACUAUAUCGAUACAAAGGCUGUGAUUAUGGUGAUUGAUAGUACGGAUGUUAAUCGACUUCAUUUGGCGGAACAAGAACUGCAUCAAAUGAUGGAGAGCGAUCAAUUACAAAAUGCCAGUUUACUCGUAUUUGCAAACAAGCAAGAUGUGAAGGGUUCAUUGGGUGCAGCAAAGAUCUCAGAGGCGUUAGGACUCAGUAAAUUAAAAGAUAGACAAUGGCACAUUCAGGCUUGUUCUGCAUUGACAGGAGAGGGGCUGUAUGAAGGAUUGGAUUGGGUCGUAUUACAGAUUGCAGGAUCAUAA